GCGCUGCUGUUGCUGUCGCUGCUGCUGCUGAACUGGAAAUUACUAGCUUACAAAGCAGCGUUUGAAUGCACCUUUGCCCCCCUGACACCCACGUGGCUAAUGAACUACAACACUGUCUCCUCGUAUCCUCAUUGGUCUGCAGGUGAUUAACGAGAUUGGCUGUUAGUAAGUAGCUUUUACAGAAAGGUAAAAACAUUACAGAGAAGUCAGCCUGCUUCUUCAGGGGCAAACAACACUUCUGAGCAACGCAGAGGAGACUAAAGUAGCCAACGUAAGGAAAUAUGAGCUAAAACGACGCUUUGAGCUGUUAAACCUCACUUAAAUUAAACUAAAGUGUGUGUGAGAGAGUUGUAGCAGACAUGGUAGAGGUGUUUUCCGGGCGGACUCUCCUGAAUAAAGACGGGGAUUUUGUCGACCCCGAAGAGGCAUUGAGGAACAAAGUGGUGGGGAUCUACUUUUCUGCAGGAUGGUGUCCGCCUUGUCGAGACUUCACACCCAUCCUGUGUGAUUUCUACACGGAGCUGGUGGAGGAGAGUGAGCCUCCAGCUCAGUUUGAGAUAGUUUUUAUCUCCUCUGACAAGUCGACUGAGGACAUGGUAGAGUAUUAUCAUGAUAUGCACGGAGACUGGCUGGCUCUGCCCUGGACGGAUGAGUACAAAAACGAGUUGAAGCAGCGCUACAAGAUCACAGCGGUGCCCAAACUGGUGAUAGUGAAAGAGAACGGCGACAUGAUCACAGACAAGGGCAGGAAACAAAUCCGAGACCGAGGCCUGGCCUGCUUCACGACCUGGCUGGAAGCUGCAGAGAUCUUUCAGAACUUUAAAGGUUAAAAAAAUGGGGAGAAAAGAAGAUGAGAGCUGAACAAAACCAAAGUAAAACCUUUCCACGUUCACUUUAGUUCAGUAAGAUGAUUUAAAGGGAUAUCAAUGAGCAAAUUAUAUUUCUGUUACACUAAAUUAUCUUUAUUUAUUUAUUCUGCUUUGUCUUUAUUUUACCUCUUUAGCACUCCUAAAACACUUCAAAUGAAACAAUCUGAGGAGCGAAAGUCUAACUUUAGUUCAGCUUCUCACAAGGUUGGGAACCGCUGCUUUUGUUGCUGACUCCUAACCAACAUCCUAUGCAUUCAAGACAAACCUCAGGUGUGUCCACUGCGGUUCACAUGUGAAAAUAAUCCAAGCCAGCUGCAGUAG